GAGAGAGAGAGCUCUGGAGCUCGAGCGGCGGCGCGCGAGGAGAUGAGCGGCGAGGCGGCGGCGGUCGGCGGCGGCGCCCCGGAGGAGAACGGCGUACCGCCGAACGUCACCAUCUACAUCAACAACCUCAACGAGAAGAUCAAACUCGAGGAACUUAAGAAAUCCCUACGUGCGGUUUUCUCCCAGUUUGGGAAGAUUCUUGAUGUGCUUGCUUUCAAGACUUUGAAGCAUAAAGGCCAAGCCUGGGUUGUGUUUGAAGAUGUUGCAUCAGCAACUGAGGCCUUGAAGAGCAUGCAAGACUUCCCCUUCCAUAAUAAGCCUAUGAGGAUCCAAUAUGCCAAAACAAAAUCAGAUAUUAUAGCAAAAGCUGAUGGCACCUUUGUACCUCGAGAACGAAGGAAGAGGAACGAUGAUAAACCUGAAAAGAAGCAGAAGCGUGAGCAGCACCAUGAUGUAAGUCAAGUUGGCUUAGGUGUGAAUGCUUACCCCGGUGUUUAUGGAGCUCCUCCGCUCUCCCAGUUACCUUUUGCUGGGGCACAGAAGGUCAUGAUGCCAGAGAUAAUUGUACCGAAUAACAUCCUCUUCGUCCAAAAUCUCCCACAUGAGACGACCCCUAUGAUGCUUCAGAUGCUCUUCUGUCAGUACCCAGGGUUCAAGGAAGUCAGGAUGGUUGAAGCAAAGCCUGGGAUCGCUUUCGUGGAGUAUGGAGAUGAGGGUCAAGCCACCGCAGCCAUGAACCUUCUUCAGGGUUUCAAAAUUACAAAAGAUAACCAGAUGCUUAUCACGUAUGCGAAGAAGUAAAGUGUGUGUUGACUUGCCCAAUGAAUGUUGUAGUCCAAGUUUUGCACAAUCGAUAGAUUCUUCGUUGUUAGGCAGACUACAUCGUCAUGAUAAAUCAUUCUAAAUGUAAUGCUCAGCUGCGCUCGUGUGCUUUCAUGAAUGAGGUGACAAUUGAACCGUUUUUGGCAAGUCGUGUAUUCUAGCAUUUAGUUCUGCCACCUUAUGUAAAAUAUCGACUCUUCACAGCUUGAGACAAUUUGCGUUUUGUCA